AUGAGCUCCUAUCGCUACAUUCUGCUUCCGCUCUUGGGUCUGCUGACCAUUGCGGUAGCGCUGACGAGUGGUUCACCUCAUCGUCGUCAAAGCUCCAAAGUGGGUUACCUCUUUGUUCACUUUUACGAUAAUUACAAGUCUCCAGGAGAUUACAGCACCUAUCCAGCAGGCGAACAAAUCUUUGCUCAUAUCAGUGACGGCAACGAUGCGACGGCUUACAAGCCUCUGAACGGUGGAGCUCCGCUUUUGACUUCCAAUGUGGGCACAAAGGCCGUGCGCGACAUGUACCUCGUCUCCAAGCCGGACGAAAGUCAACACUACAUCAUCGCCACGGAUCUGAACCAGACCGCCGUCGGUGGUUUCGGCGGAAAGUUUCUGAGCAGAAGUCUCGUCAUUUGGGAUAGCCAAGGUGCCAGCUUGACCAAGUGGAACGCUCCCAGACUGGUCGAAGUUGUGCCAGAAGAGUUCAGAGUGAGCGAGCCAGGCUGCGCAAACGGAGCGGGUGAGGAUGCGUGUGGAGCUAGGUGACCCAGCUGAUGAUAGCCUCGCUGCCGAACCCGAACCCGUAGAUGGCUUGGGCUCCCGAAGCAGUGUGGGAUGCGGCAAAGAGCCAAUUUUUGGUCUACUGGUCGUCCAACCGCUAUGCCGACGCGCAGCACACUGGCGAGCCAGACUACGACAAGAUCUAUACGUGAGUCGCGAAUGGCGAUGCGUGCGAGUGCUCCGUUGAUGAGUAGCACGAGGGCUCACCUGUAUGAUCCCGUCAUGCAUCGGCUCAGCUCGUACACGUCAGACUUCAAGACGUUCACCUCACCCGAACUCUACCUGGACCGCGGCAACAACAUUGGCGUGAUCGACAUGACGAUCCACUCGACCAACAAUCCCUCCAACGCCAACGAGUACGUGCGAUUCUUCAAGGAAGAAAACGUGUACAAGUGUCGAGGUCAAGUAUCCACAACGGGCGUUCAAGGUGCAUGGGAGGACAUAGGCGCAUCGAACCAGUACGUCGAUAACGAUGAUCAAUCCGAAGCUUGCUUGUUCUUCCAGGACAACAUCGAUGUCAACAAGUGGUGGAUCUUUUUGGACCAGUACGGUAGGAAUCCGGCUGGUUAUUAUCCUUACACUGCUGAUAACGGCAUCACAAAGUACGCAUACACGGACAGAGGUGUCACUGGCGCUUUUCCUCCCCUGCUCAAGCACGGUGUGGUCAAGCCGCUGACUCAGGCUCAGUAUGAUGAUGUCUCGCAAUGGAAGUCGUAG